CGGUGGUAUCUACGUCUACCACACCACUACUUUUUUAAAUUUAAGUUUUUGACACUUUCGUGCCAGUGCCAGACUUUGUGAUAAUUUUAUUUGUAAAUAUUUAGAAUUAAUUGCAAUUGCAGCAAGUUGGAAGUGUGAUAGUUUUGUGGGAAACCGUUGGAAUUUAUCAGAACCAAGAUGGCAACAUCAGUCCUCCAACCAGAAUUGCGACGCGAACACGAACCGAAGGCGGAAAUAGCCGAGUCCCCCCGACUGACCGACGACGAGCGCAUGGCGAUCCUCGAAGCGAAAGAGAGGGAAACAGGCGAGCUGCCUGCGGAACUGAGGGAGAGAGCUAGAUUGGAGAUGAGAGAAGAACCGGCGAUUAGGGAGCAUGCUUUGGUUCAGAUGAGGCAUUUUAUUGAGAAGCAUCCGGCCAUCAAGAAAUCUAGGACAGAUGCACCAUUCCUCCUCCGUUUCCUCCGCACCAAGAAGUACUCCGUCCCCCAAGCCUGCGCCAUGCUGGAACGCUACCUCACGCUCCGCCAGGUCCAUCCCCACUGGUUCCAGAAGUUAGACCCACUAGACCCUAAAAUAGCGGCUGUGAUUGACGCCGGGUAUCUCGUUCCGCUGCCGAAAAGAGACGCUGAGGGCCGACGAGUCGUAUUAUCAUGCAUGGGUCGCUUCGACCCCCACGUUUAUGACAGCUGCGUGAUGGCGCGCGUCCACUCCAUGAUAGUGGAGAUGCUGCUGGACGAGCCCCGGAGCCAACUCCUCGGCUACACGCACGUGAACGACGAGGCCGGCAUGCAGAUGCCGCACGUUAGUUUAUGGUCCUUCAACGAUGUGCGGACCAUGCUCAACUGUAUCCAGAAUUCAACACCGAUGCGCCACAAGUGUACUCAUUUCGUCAACGUCCCUCACUACGGAGCCAAGUUCUUCGAAUUCGCCGUAUCACUGCUCAGUGAUAAAUUAAAGGACCGGGUUAUGUUUCACCGCAACACCCAAGACCUGAACAAGCACGUAGAUCCCGCUAUUUUACCCAAAGAAUAUGGCGGCACGGUUCCUCUGCGCGACAUGAUCGAAGAGUUGAAACGCAAACUUCUUAAACACAGGGAAGAAUUACUUGCACUGGACGAAAUGUGUGUCGAUGUAAACGCUCUCGAGAAGAAUGAUAUUACUCAAGAUGUUCAUUCAACAGCUGGAUCAUUCAGAAAACUUGAAUUGGAUUAGGAUAU